GUAUCUGGUCUCUCCGCAUUGAUCACCUCCCCACCGCCUCACUCCAUCGUCGCUGUACAUAUCAGCUGUAAUUGGCGUUUUUGCUACCAGGCAGCUUCAUCUGGAUCUUUGCAUUUGUUCUUUUUCUGUUUCGAUAAUGCUCGUGCGCUGCAUGGAGGUUACAGCAUAACGACAUCGCCCUUGCCGCCAUACCUCCCUCCCUUUACACAUAACAUACCAAACCCACACAACGCCAUGAGCGCUCCCGCUCAGAAUGGACCCCGGUGGUCGAGAAACAGUCCUUUUGCCAGGAACCCAUCAUCUGCUUCUCCAUCCUCCUCGCCUGUCCAGCCCCCCUCCGCUGGAUCUCAACGCCCCAAAUCCGCCGUUCUCUCAUCCCCCUUUCUCGAGUCGCAAAACAACACCGGCCACACGCGCAACCAAUCACUCACCCAGCUUGGCGGCUCAGCUUUGGCCAGACCCGACACAAGUAGAAUGCGCGCCAAUUCAAAUCGAAACAGCACUCCCGCUGGCACCUUUGCCCCUAAAUUCAUUGAAGACGGUUCGCAGGAUAUUCCCGAAGUGCGAGGAAUUGAGGGCGAGAAUGACUUCUCGGGGAAGCGUUACGUCUGGCUGAGGGAUCCGAAAACCGCUUUUGUGCGAGGAUGGGUCGUGGAAGAAAGACCGGGCGGCCAACUGCUGGUCCAGUGCGAUAAUGGAGAACAGCACGAGGUGGAUGCUGAGUCUGUCGACAAGGUCAAUCCGGCCAAGUUCGACAAGGCGGAUGACAUGGCCGAACUCACACAUUUGAAUGAACCCUCCGUCAUUCACAACCUGCACAUGCGAUACCAAGCAGAUCUGAUAUAUACGUACUCGGGCCUGUUCUUGGUCACGAUAAAUCCUUACUGUCCACUCCCCAUUUAUUCCCGUGACUACAUCAACAUGUAUCGGGGCCGAAGUCGGGAAGAGACAAAACCGCACAUUUUCGCCAUGGCCGACGAGGCCUUCCGGAAUCUGGUCGAUGAAGGUGAAAACCAAAGUAUUCUGGUCACUGGAGAAUCCGGUGCUGGAAAGACCGAGAACACGAAGAAAGUCAUACAAUAUCUGGCUGCGGUCGCCGCAUCGGAUACCCCCCGGGGCAAGUCUGGAGGCAAGCAGCAUUCCAAUCUUUCUGAACAGAUCCUCCGCGCCAAUCCCAUCCUCGAAGCCUUCGGAAACGCCCAAACAGUACGAAAUAACAAUUCAUCCCGUUUCGGAAAAUUCAUCCGCAUUGAGUUCUCCCGUACCGGUCAAAUAGCGGGAGCCUACAUAGACUGGUAUUUGCUGGAAAAGUCAAGAGUUGUCCGACCAAACUCAAACGAACGUAACUACCAUGUGUUCUAUCAGCUACUCCGGGGAGCCGAUCCAGAGAUGAAAAGGGAAUUUCUCCUAGAUGGCCUGGACGUGGAAGAUUUCGACUACACAAAGCAUGGAAAUGACACAAUCUCAGGCGUGUCGGAUCAGGACGAGUGGAAUGCGCUGAUUGAAGCGUUCCACAUCAUGGGCUUCACUGAGAAAGAUCAAUCAGCCAUCAUUCGGGCUGUGGCUGCCGUGCUUCAGCUUGGUAACAUUCGAGCCAUCAAAGAGAGUCGGCGCGCCGAUCAAGCCGCCUUCGAGCCCGAAGCUAUUGAACAGGCCCAAAAAGUCUGUAAGCUGCUCGGUAUACCGAUGGAAGAUUUCGUUAAGGCUUUGUUGCAUCCUCGCGUCAAGGCCGGCCGAGAGUGGGUUGAAAAGGUCCAAACACCAGACCAAGUCAACCUGGCCAUCGAUGCUUUAGCGAAGGGUAUCUACGAACGUGGCUUUGGCGACUUGGUAGAUCGUAUCAACCGACAGCUCGAUCGAACUGGAUCUGGCGGCGAUGAUUCUCACUUCAUCGGUGUUCUCGAUAUUGCGGGUUUCGAAAUUUUCGAAGACAAUAGUUUCGAACAACUAUGCAUCAACUACACCAAUGAGAAACUCCAGCAAUUCUUCAACCACCAUAUGUUCGUAUUAGAGCAAGAGGAAUACGCACGAGAGCAGAUUGAGUGGAAAUUCAUUGACUUCGGCCGAGAUCUCCAGCCGACGAUCGACUUGAUAGAACUUUCCAACCCAAUCGGUAUCUUCUCCUGUUUGGACGAGGAUUCGGUAAUGCCCAAAGCUUCCGACAAGACUUUUACAGAAAAGCUGCACGCUCUAUGGGACCGAAAGAGCAACAAGUACAAGCGGUCCCUCUUGACGCAGGGUUUCAUGCUCACCCACUAUGCUGCCGAAGUAGAAUACACCACGGAAGGCUGGCUGGAGAAGAACAAGGAUCCUCUAAACGAUAACGUUACCCGCCUUCUCGCUGCUUCUACAGACAAGCAUAUCUCGACCCUUUUCGCAGAUUGCGCCGAUGCCGAAGAUGACUCUGGUAGCUCUCGGAAUCGGGUCAAGAAGGGUCUCUUCCGUACCGUCGCCCAACGCCAUAAAGAACAACUCUCGUCGCUUAUGACACAGCUCCAUUCUACACACCCACACUUCGUUCGAUGUAUCUUACCUAAUCACAAAAAGCGACCGAAACAGUUUAGUGCGCCGCUUGUUCUGGAUCAGCUGCGAUGCAACGGUGUACUUGAGGGUAUCCGUAUUGCUCGCACUGGCUUCCCUAAUCGUCUUCCGUUUGUUGAAUUCCGCCAGCGGUAUGAGGUGUUGUGCAAUGAUAUGCCCAAGGGCUACGUUGAGGGUCAAGCUGCCGCCAAAAUCAUACUUGAGAAGCUUAAUCUCGACCGCGCCCUCUACCGUGUUGGUCUUACCAAAGUCUUUUUCCGAGCGGGUGUUCUCGCUGAGCUGGAAGAGCAACGAGACAACCUCAUCCGUGAUAUCAUCUCCCGUUUCCAAUCCGCUGCCCGAGGCUUCAUUCAACGUCGCAUUGCUCACAAACGUUUGUAUCGAGCAGAGGCAACGCGAAUCAUCCAACGCAAUUUUGGGGUCUAUCUCGAUCUUCAAUCCAACCCAUGGUGGAAUCUCUUCGUCCGCAUGAGGCCCAUGCUUGGUGCCACACGUCAAGCUGCCGAGGUUAAGAAGCGGGAGGAGAUGAUCCAGAAACUCGAGGAGAAGAUGGCCCAGGAAGCAGCCGACAAACAACGAGUCGAAGACGAACGACGAAGAGCGGAGAUGGAUAUCCAGCGCAUUCAGAAGACGCUCGAAAGCGAGCGCGCUCUGGCUCUUGAUAAGGAAGAAAUUUUCAAACGCCUGCAAUUGCGGGAAACAGAACUCUCCGAGAAGCUAGCUGGUGCUAUUGAGGAUCAAGACAAACUCGAAGAUCAGUUGGAUGAGCUCAUGGAAGCGAAAAAGGCUGCCGAAGAUCAAGCUGAGCUUUUCAGAUCGGAUCUGGAGCAAGCCGGUGAGAUCAUAGGCAAGUUGGAAGGCGAGAAAGAGGAUCUGGAGGACCAAAUUUCCCAGUUAGAUCAGCAGCUGCAGGAUCUCGAGAACGCCAAGUCUGAGCGCAGUCAAGCCGAGGAGUCUUUGAGCCAGGAAGUCAAGAUGCUACAGAGCCACCUCAGUUUGAAGGAGAGAAAGCUGCAGGAACUAGAGGCCAAGCUGCUCAAGACGGACCAAGACCUGGAUAUUAAACUUGCGGCAUCCAACAAGGAGUUGCACUCUACGAAGCAACAGGUCAAGGAUCUACUGGACGAGAAUCGCCAAGUACGCCAGCAGAUUGCCGAUCUCUCCUCCACUUCAACCAGCUAUGAAGAUCUGAUCAGGCAAAAAGAAAGCGAGCUCGCUAUUUUGAAAGCCGAUCUGAAGAGGUACGAAUCCGACCGCCAAAAUUUCGACAAUGAGAAGCAAAACUUGGCAAGCAAACAUGACGACCUGCAAAGCCGUCUCCGCGAUGCUAAAGCGGAAAUGGAUGUCAUGCGGUCUCAGAAACAACAGCUUGAACGUGAAGUGACGGAUGUCAAGCGUUUGCUGGAAGAGAAGAUCUCGGAGGACGCCCAGUCAAGUGAAGGGAGAAAACUCCUUGAAGAGCAGAUGAACACUCUGAAGAACGAGCUUUUCGAAGUUCAACGGGAGCUUAGCCGGGAACGACAGUCCCGUGACGACGUUGAAUUGCUAGCUGAGCACAAGUACGAUACGCUUAAACGGGAUUUCGACGCUCUCAAUGACUCCAAGAUCACUAUUGAGAAGGAAAUGUACGCACAACAGGAUGUCCUCCGUAGAGCCAACGAAACGCGGGCGGCGACCGAAAAAGAGCGAAAAGAAUACCAGAACGAGCUGCGCGGACUUCGUGAAAAGUAUCUGGAACUUCAAGAAGAAAAGUUCGAUGCUGACGCUGCUGCGGAACGUGCUCAGUCCAAGAUAGCGCUCCAGCGGCAGGCAGAACAAGUGAAAGAGUUGGAAGCCAAAGACAAGCAGCUCGACCAGUUGGAAGUGGAGCGCAAUGAGCUUUCAGAGCAAGUUCACAAUCUCACUCAAAUGCUCGCAGAUUCCGACUCAUUCAAACUUCGGAAUGAUCAGCAAAAGGAACGUCUGGAGCGCGAAUUGGUCACAGUCAAGGGCCGACUUACGGCAUCAGAGAAUGACAACCGCGCGCUGAUGAACAAGGUCGCUCAAAAGAACCUGGACAUUGCGCGCUCGAAUUCUCGCGCGGGGGAGACCCAACGUUCACGUAUCACACAGUUGACGAAAGAAAAGACCAAGGUUGAAGAUGACAACAAACGCCUGUCUAAGCAUCUCGAAGAUGCUCAGCUUACAAUUGCAUCCUUGGAAAAGCAGAAGGAGAAGCUUGCUCUUGGGCUUGAAGAUCUAAACCAUGAGAUCACCCGUGAGCACAAGAGCAGUCGAAAUGCCGAAAAGACUUCUUCGACUGCUGGUAUUCAGCUAGCUGAAGCGAACCGAAAGCUGGAGACUGAACGACAAUUGCGCACACAAGCUCAGGCGAAUACGCGUGCGGUGCAGGCGGCUCUCGACAAUAGUCACAAGGAGCUAGAGGAGUGCCGUGGCCAACUCGUGCUCCUCCGUAAAGUGUUUGACCCCGAAAGUGGCGACGCUCUUCCAACAUACGAUGCUGCGAAGCCGGGUAUUUCGCGUGCUGUCGACGUCGCCGAGCGUCUAGAAGCAAUGAAUCAGGCUUUGCGCGUUGCCACUGAGCGGUACUCGAGGGCGGAAACCCAGCUUGAUGAACUACGUGAAAGGCAUGAAGACGAGAUCAACGAUAUGGAUGCCCGUCAUGCUAACUCCAAACGGGCUUUCAUGGAAGAGAUGAACAGCAGUCAAGUCAACCAAGCGAACGCUCCUCGCUCUCCCGCGCAUCACCGCAACAAUAGCGAGAACCGGAAGCCUGUCUCGAGGGCAAACACGCCUACCUACCAGCGACAACUCAGCAAUGCCACCAUUCAUUCAGCUCGCUCGGACCACACUGUCGACACUGUUACUUACAAGGACCGCAUGGAUGUAGCUUCCGAGCUUGAGGCACUUCAAAACAAAUUUGAAAUGUCGGAAAUGCGAGUCAAGCACCUUCAGAACCAACUUGACCGUUCACCUACGCGCAAUAACUGGCAGGACGAAAGUCCUUCGCUGCGGAGAGUCCAGAAGCUCGAGCGCGAGAACUUCCGCCUUCACGACAUGCUCGAUGAUUCCGCGAAAAAGGUCUCUUCUCUGGAACACAGCCUUCGAUCUGGCGAAUUGUCAUACAAGGAAGUGCAGACCAAGUCUCAUGAAGAGCUAUUCGAUCUCUUGAAUUCGCAGGAGCAAAACAGGAAAUCGGCGGUGCAAGCGCACAACGCUACGGUCAAUGAGCUUGCAGAUGCCAAAGCCGCUUUUGACGAGAUCAAGCAGGCAAAGAUCGCUUUGGAGGUUGAACUUCGCGACACAAAAUCCGAAUUGGAGGAGAUCGCCGCCGAACAAGAGGAGGAUGACGCCAAUCAUAACCAGUUGCUCCAGGAGUUUGCCGAUCUUCAGAUACGACUUGACAACGAGACUUCGACAUUAGUCGAUGUUCAAUCCAGUCUCAUGCUAUACAAGAGCCGUGCAGACGAGUACUUCAACAAACUUGAGCAGGCCGAGAUUGCAGUUCUCAAAGCUUCCCGAGCCGAGCAGUUCGCAAGAAAUCAAGCCAGGGAAGCUGAAGAUACGUGCGCAACCGUGAUGGCAGAGCGGAAAGAGAUGGAUGGUAUGGUUGAAGACCUUCAGCGGCAAGUGCAGCAAUACGAGGAGCGUGUUGAAGAUCUUUCUACCGACUACGAGAGUACUUUGCAGGCCAAGAAGCGUCUGCAGAACGAACUGGAAGACUAUAGAAACCAGCGUGCUCACGACCUCGAAGAUACCGAAACGUCGAUUGAGCAGACCCGCAAGAAGUAUCAAGGGGAGCUAUCAGCACUUACGCAUGAGCUGGAUCUCGAGCGCGAAAACGUCAUCUACGCUCGAGAGGAGAACGGUCAGCUACGCGAAGAGAUCGAGGAGUUGAGAAACAAGUGGGAUGAUGAGGUCCUGAACUCAUCGACCUGGGCGAAGGAGAAGAGUCGCCUUGAAAUGACUCUACAAGACAUUUCCAACUCCCGCGAUGAAGCUGCCAAUGCUCAUAACGAGGCGCAGUCUAAGAUUGUCAGCCUCUUAUCACAAGUCCGCGCUCUUCGCACCAAUGUCGAUGACGUUGCUGCCGAACGCGACUCUGCUAUCGAGGAGAAGAAGCGACUUGAAUCGCGCCUACAAGAGGCCGCCCAGAAGCUUGAAGAUCUCGCACAAUCCGAGUCACCAGCCAUGCGAAACGCUGCCACCUAUGACCGAGAACUUUUGGAACUCAAAUCCGGCCUAGCACACCAAGAAGACAUCGCUGCUGCUGCUGUUGGCAAGAUGCGCCGUGCUGAGCUUCUUACACAAGAGAUUCAGAAGGAUCUCACUUCAGCACGUGAGAACAACGUGCAGCUACACAAGGAUAAGGCUGCAGUGGAGAAGAACCUGAAGGAUCUUCAACUCCGUCUGGUCGAUCUUGAGACUAAAGGCAUUACCGGCUCGUCUGGAAAGGAUGUGCGAUUUUUGCAUGGCCGCAUCCAAGAGCUUGAAAAAGCUCUAGAGUCAUCCGAGUCCACUCGACUCAACGAGUCUCGUAGCGUCCGUAAUGUUGACCGAACGGUUAAGGACCUUCAAAACCAGAUCGAACGCCGCGACAAACAAAACGCCUCCAUCAUGGAAGAUCUCAACAAGUCCCGUGAUAAACUCUCCUCUCUCCUCUCCACCAUCGACGAAUUGCAAUCCUCAGACUCUAACAACCAGCUGGCUGCCAAACGCGCCGAGCGCGAACUCCGCGAAGAACGUGAAAAGUCGGUCCGCCUAGAGCGCGAGCUCGACGGCCUCAAAAACCUUCGGCUGGAGCGUCGCAGCGUCCUGAGCCUACAGGGUGGUAGCGAAGCCGGCGACAUCGUCAACCGCAGCCGCCGCGGCUCUGGUAUCGGACUUCUCACAGUUCCCGGUGCCAGCAGCGAUAUAGGCGAGUUCAACCCAGCGGUCAGCGAAAAGAGGAAAGUGUCGUCUCUGCGUGGCACUGUGAGGCGCGCCUCUGGUCAGAAGGGUUUUUUGUAG